AUGAAAGCUUUCAAUAAAACCACUGUGGUUUCACAGUUCAUCCUGGUGGGCUUCUCUAGUCUAGGGGAGCUCCAACUCCUGCUUUUUAUCAUCUUCUUUCUCCUGUACUUGACAAUCCUGGUGGCCAAUGCAAUCAUCAUGGCUGUUAUCCACUUCAGCAAGACUCUACGCACUCCCAUGUAUGGUUUCCUAUUCAUCCUUUCCUUUUCCGAAUCCUGCUACACUUUUGUCAUUAUCCCUCAGCUACUGGUCCACCUGCUCUCAGCCACCAAGACUAUCUCUUUCACGGCCUGUGCCACCCAGCUGUUCUUCUUCCUUGGCUUUGCCUGUACCAACUGCUUUCUCAUUGCCGUAAUGGGAUAUGAUCGCUAUGUGGCAAUUUGCCACCCCUUAAGGUACACUCUCAUCAUGAACAAAAGGCUAGGAUUAGGGUUAGUUUCUCUGUCGGGAUUCAUCGGUUUCUUUAUUGCUUUCGUGGCCACCAACCUCAUCCGUGACAUGCCUUUUUGUGGCCCCAAUAGCGUCAACCACUAUUUCUGUGACAUGGCGCCUGUUAUUAAGUUGGCCUGCACAGACACCCAUGUAAAAGAACUGGCUAUAUUCAGCCUCAGCAUCCUGGUAAUCAUGGUGCCUUUUUUGUUAAUUCUCAUAUCCUAUGGCUUCAUUGUUAACACCAUCCUGAAGAUCCCCUCGGCUGAGGGCAAAAGGAAGGCCUUUGCCACCUGUGCCUCACACCUCACAGUGGUCUUUGUCCACUACGGUUGUGCCUCCAUCAUCUACCUUCGGCCCAAGUCCAAAUCUGCCUCAGACAAGGAUCAGUUAGUGGCAGUGACCUACACUGUGGUUACUCCUCUGCUUAAUCCGCUUGUCUACAGUUUGAGGAACCAGGAGGUGAAGACUGCACUGAAAAGAGUUGUGGGAAUGCCUGUGGCAACCAAGGUGAUCUAA